GUCGAUAUAUAGCUGUUAAGCCUGCCGCGGACGGUACAGUUGUACAAUCACCUUUAAUUGUUAAACAUUGUGUGAGCCCAAAAUGAAAAGGCACGUGCCGAUCACCAGUGUUUUGUUGUUAUUUGUAAUAUUUUGUUGUACUACUGGAUAUGCUAAAUUGGCGCCGGACUACAUUCAUCCAUGCAACGAAACAUCAAGAGAGUGCUUAGUAAAAGCAACGCAAGAUGCGAUCCCAGAAUUCGUCAAAGGCAUUCCAGAACUUGGAGUACCAGUCCUGGAUCCUUUUACUAUUGAGAAGCUGUCCAUACCACUUAGUGGUUUGACUUUCACCUUCUAUGAUGGAAAAGUGUCUGGUUUUAGAAAAUGCAUUGUGGAUGAUGUUAUAUCGGAACUCGAAAAACGACACUUCGUUCUUGCAUUCCACUGCAACCUAACAAUUAAGGGUACCUACGAUGCUAAUGGAAGAAUCCUACUGUUCCCUAUCGACGGCGCAGGCGAUGCUAAAAUUAAACUCACCAACCUUAGAAUGAAAGUCGACAUUAAAACAAAAUACAUCAAAGAUAACAAAGGUGUCAAUCACUUUGCUAUUAAAAACUACAAAUAUACCUUCGACUACGGUGAUCGAGUCGCAUUUGAACUGGACAAUCUCUUCAAAGAGAGUAAGGAACUUAGUAAAACAGUUCUACAAUUCCUAAACGAGAACUGGCGGUUGGUAGCCGAAGAAUUUGGAAAACCAAUAGUAGACUACGCCGUCGAACUAGCAAUAAGGACUAUCGAAAAGUUCUUUAUAGUAGUUCCUUAUGAAGAACUCAUUAAUGUUCCCAUUCCUAAAUUUUAGUUUGAGUUAAGUAUUAUUACGUUGUAAGGUGAAUAGUUUAUUACAUUUUUUUAAGAUAG